AUGGCAGCCGCUGAGGGUGACGAGAGGACCAAUCUUUUGAACAAACUAGUGGUAUCGUGCGUCUGGAUGCCGGUGAAACACCAUCGCACUUCAUCUCUGUUCCGUGACCGGAGUUUUCAAGACAACAAUUUCUUCGCCCUCUUCUCUCUUGUCUACCCUCGGAGGAAAACAGACAACGAGAAGGGCUACGAGAUCUGCAGACAGGAUAUCUACAUCAAGCCUGAUCUCGAUGGCAGGGUAUUAGCUGCAAAAGUUAUUUGCUUCAUCUUCGACCGUCAUCGCGAUCUAUUCACAGACCAGUUUCAUGUCCGAUGGUCUAAACUGGUUGUGCGACUGGAUGCUAGCUCAGUACACUCAGAAAAGGGAGUGGACCAUGGUACCAACACUCACCGUUCCGGGGACUCGGAUGAUGAUGACACUUAUAUUGACGUGCCAAUCCUCUUAACGCCAUUCAUUUAUGAGUUACCGGGUCCCGGAAAACUGAAAAGUAGGACGAGAUUAGUUGAGAACAGAUCGCUUUGA